AUGUUGAGCUCUGUGGCGCGGCGAGGAGGGCGGCGUGCGGACUCCAAGGUGCAGGCGGUACUGGGGUCGCUGUUUGCGGUGGCGGAGGGUGCCGUGGUGCGCGUGGAUUGCAGCGAGCCGGCGGUAUUCCGAGCGGAAGUAGAGUUGUCGGCUUCGCAUGUGACUUUACUUUUCGCGGUUCCGGUGGGCAACUUGCCGGUGGAUGACUUGACCACUGAGUUGGGCUCACAGCUGCGGGAUAGUUUCUGGAUUGCACGGGAGGCAUUCCGCUUUCAGUUAGAUGACGAUGUGCCGCUUGCGGCCGGUGCUGUGGCAGAGGCGGGGCAGUUAGCAGAGCGCAUCAUUUUCGAGAACCUUAGUCUAUUGGAUGUGCGUGCCGCAGGUGUCGCCACACAGCAGCUCACUGACGUUGCCCGCGAGUUCUUCGCCCCCCACCUGCAAGAUCCCCUGGUCCAGGCCUGGCUCCGUGGGUUUGACGCCCGGCUCCGCCGCCAGGGCUUCCGCCAAGACCCACACUGCACAGGCUCCGCAGACUCCCUUGGCACCUCGCUCGGAGACGUCCGUGCCGAACGAGAGCUCGUCCAACCACCCCUGCAACAACCUAUUCAGCAACCGCCUAUUCAGCAACCGGUAGUAGUUCAGCAUCCGCCCUUCCAACGGCAGAUGCUGAGCCAGCGAGAGAGCCUGCGCGAUCGGCCCCGGAUGUACGUCGAUAUGAAUGCCUGGGAGGAAGCCCUCGUUUUGGAGCGCGACCCACGAGGUUACAACGACUUUUCGUUCGAGGAGGUCGAAGAGGGCGUACCCGUCUGGGUGACCGAGCAGAUUACAGAGCCGAUUUUUAUGGCCGAAGAGGAGCGAGGGGAGUAUGAUCAAGGUAAAGAAGAGGUAGCAGACAAGCGGGCAGAAGAGAAGCGGGCAGAAGAGAAGCGGGCAGAAGAGAAGAGGGCAGUAGAGGAGAGGGCAGAAGAGAAGCGGGCAGAAGAGAAGCGGGCAGAAGAGAAGAGGGAGUCAGAGAGAGAGUCACAGAGAGAGACCGUGCUUAAAGAGAAGAAUGAGGAGGAUGAUUCGUCGCCGUUAUUGCGACGCCGCGAUGGCUUGGCGGGACGCCAGAGUCGGGUUGCGGGGUCGCUGUCGCGGCACAGCCAGUCGUCGUUCGACCUUUCGAACCUGCACCUGGAGUGGGAACACGGGGAGCACGAGAUAGUGGGCGAUGGCUCGGACGAGUAUGGGGACACGUAUUUGGAGGGAGAAGAGUACGUGGAGGAGGAGGAGGAGGAGUUCGUGGAGGAGGAGGAGUUGGAGUCGGAUGAGUACUCAGAAACAGGGUCGGGGGAUAAUUCGGAAUCGUAUUCGGGGUCGGAGUCGCAAAUAAGUUCGUCGAAACGGGAGCUAAGCGGGACGGUCAAGUACUUGACGCUGAUGUUGGCGGAGUGGUCGGAGUUAAGUCAACGGCGCAUGGUAAAUAACCUGGGAGAACCGCUACUGGAACUGCAAAGGCUACUGAGUCGGGCGGAAGCUCUGGAUGUAAAGGCCGAACUUUUGGAGCAUCGAGGAACUCUCUGGGCGACCGCCUCAGCCGAAGCCCGCCAGGCCGAAGCCCAAGAUCGUCGAGACGCCGAACAACAAGUUACAGCCGCUCGCCAGAUCCUGGUCACACGCGUCGGCGAACUGCAUCGACAUGUCCUCCAACUUAUCGCCGACCGAAAGGCGCCGCUCUUCCGUGUCCAACAUGUGCAGCUGGUCGAACGCUUCCCACCCCCCACCCCGCAACCCAAUUAA